UGGUUGCGCAGCCUACUCGUCCGUCUGGGAUCUUGGUUAGGGCAGUUUGGUGUGUUAUAAUUGGCUUCCUUUGGCUGCUGUGCAUGGGCCUGUGUGGGUCCUGCCAGCCUUUGUUUUCUUGGUGGUGAGAGGAGGGGAGCAUGGCAGCCUCUGGGUCGGAAAAAAGCAACAAGAAGAAAACAGAGAAGAAACUUGCAGCCCGAGAAGAAGCUAAACUGCUGGCGAGCUUUAUGGGAGUCAUGAAUACCAUGAGAAAACAGAAAACUCUCUGUGAUGUCAUUCUCAUGGUCCAGGAAAGAAAGAUCCCAGCUCAUCGUGUUGUGCUUGCUUCAGCCAGUCACUUUUUUAACUUGAUGUUUACUACAAAUAUGCUUGAAUCAAAGUCCUUUGAAGUGGAGCUAAAAGAUGCAGAGCCUGACAUUAUUGAACAGCUUGUGGAGUUUGCUUAUACUGCGAGAAUUUCCGUUAAUAGCAAUAACGUCCAGUCUUUACUAGAUGCAGCAAACCAAUAUCAAAUAGAACCUGUGAAAAAAAUGUGUGUGGAUUUUUUGAAAGAGCAAGUGGAUGCUUCAAACUGUCUUGGUAUAAGUGUAUUAGCAGAAUGCCUAGACUGUCCAGAACUGAAGGCCACUGCAGAUGACUUUAUCCAUCAACAUUUCACUGAGGUUUACAAGACAGAUGAGUUUCUACAGCUGGAUGUUAAACGUGUGACACAUCUCCUGAACCAGGACACACUGACUGUAAGGGCAGAAGAUCAGGUUUAUGAUGCAGCAGUCAGGUGGCUGAAGUAUGAUGAACCUAACCGCCAGCCAUACAUGGUCGACAUCCUUGCUAAAGUCAGAUUUCCUCUUAUAUCGAAGAACUUCUUAAGUAAAACGGUACAAGCUGAGCCACUUAUUCAGGAUAACCCUGAAUGCCUUAAAAUGGUGAUCAGUGGAAUGCGAUAUCAUCUGCUGUCUCCAGAAGACAGAGAAGAGCUAGUGGAGGGCACGCGGCCACGAAGGAAAAAACACGAUUACCGCAUUGCCUUAUUUGGGGGAUCACAGCCACAGUCUUGCAGAUACUUUAACCCAAAGGAUUACAGCUGGACAGACAUCCGAUGUCCCUUUGAAAAGCGCAGAGAUGCAGCUUGUGUCUUCUGGGACAAUGUAGUUUAUAUUUUGGGUGGCUCCCAACUCUUCCCUAUAAAGCGAAUGGACUGCUACAAUGUGGUGAAGGAUAGCUGGUAUUCCAAACUGGGACCUCCAACGCCUCGAGAUAGCCUUGCAGCCUGUGCUGCAGAGGGCAAAAUUUAUACAUCUGGUGGUUCAGAAGUGGGAAAUUCUGCUCUGUAUUUAUUUGAAUGCUAUGAUACAAGAACAGAAAGCUGGCACACAAAGCCCAGCAUGCUGACUCAGCGUUGCAGUCAUGGGAUGGUGGAGGCAAAUGGCCUGAUUUACGUAUGUGGAGGAAGUUUGGGAAACAAUGUUUCUGGAAGGGUCCUGAAUUCCUGUGAAGUUUAUGAUCCAGCAACAGAAACGUGGACUGAGCUGUGUCCAAUGAUAGAAGCCAGGAAGAAUCAUGGGCUGGUGUUUGUAAAAGACAAAAUAUUUGCUGUGGGUGGACAAAAUGGCUUAGGUGGCCUAGACAACGUGGAAUAUUAUGAUAUUAAGAUGAAUGAAUGGAAGAUGGUGUCACCAAUGCCGUGGAAGGGUGUAACAGUGAAGUGUGCUGCUGUGGGCUCUAUAGUCUACGUCCUGGCUGGGUUUCAGGGUGUGGGCCGAUUAGGGCACAUCCUUGAAUAUAAUACUGAAACAGACAAGUGGGUAGCCAACUCCAAAGUCCGUGCUUUCCCAGUGACGAGUUGUUUAAUCUGUGUUGUUGAUACUUGUGGAGCAAAUGAAGAGACGUUAGAGACAUGAAGGCCUCAAGGAGAGGUCAGGACAUUUUUCAGAGACUUGGAAAAGAUGGCCAUUGGUGCUUUGCUUCUGUGUUUUAUUGAUUCUUGUUAAACUGAAUAAUCUGAAAAACUGAGAUGCAAUCCUCAUAUUUGUAUAUACAGUAUGUGACCAGUUUAAUUUUUACAGUUUGUUUUAAAAGAUGGGAUGUAUUUCAAGAUUCCACUAACAUAGUUGAGAACACAUGA